UGGACGCAUCUGUCGAAGGCACGGAUUCUUAUGAAAAAUUCUAGUACGAAUAAAUUAAAUUAUUAAAAAAAUUAGUAAUAAACAAGACAAUUAAAAAAAUUAAUAUAAAAUACUGAUACAAAAUGGCAUCAUAUAUAAAUAAGAAGGAUCGAGUAUUUUAUCCUGCGGGCGAUUGUCCACCACUGCAAUUUCAUAGACAAAGGCCAGAAGCAUGUUUAAAAACAUAUUAUUCAUGUACAGAUACUCGUGUGUGGGAAUUAGCCGAAGAACCAAGGAGACAACAUUUACGAGAGAUUUUAAGUACCCCAGUGGGUUUACAAUUGGGCAAUUAUGUUCCUGUUGAGAUGUUAAUUAAUAUAUUGAUGUGCAGUGAUGCUGAGGUAUGUAUUAAAGAAAAAGAUUACGGGAGCAGCGUGGGAUAUCAUCGUUCGUAUGGCACUAAUAACGAGGCAUCAAAUUGCUUUUGCUGUAAUUCUUCAGCAUCACGUCAAAUAAAAACUUGUGGAACUCAAUGUCCUCCAAUGAAAUCGUACACAUCAAAGGAAACGGUUUGUUGUGACAGAGAUAAAGAAAUUAAUAAACUAAAUAAUCAAAUUGAGAAAUUGGAAUACGAUAUAAAAUGUGCAAAGAAAAAUAUUUAUGAUAAUGAGAAACUAUUAUGUCAGAUGUCGAAUGAAAUAAAAGAUAAAACUAGAGAAAUAUCAGAAAAAACUAAUGAAAUAAUAUCGAUAAAGAAAGAUUUAUGUGAAAAAACCAAUGAAAUUGCAUCAUUAAAGAAUGAGUCAUGUCAAAAAAGUGAAGAAAUCCAAUCACUCAAGACUGAAUUGUGUCAAAAAUCCAACUUUGCCGCUGAAAGCUUAAAAAAAUUGGAAUUAUUAAAUAGAAAAUUACAUGAUUCUGAAUGUGAACGUAAAGAGUUGGAGCGUAAAAAUUGUGAACAUCAAAAAACCUUACAGAAACUGGAAGAUGAUUGUAUAAAGCCUCAAAAAAUGUGUGAUUUGCAACAAGAAUUGAAUAAAUUACGUGAAUACUGUCAGUUCUUAUCAAAAGCUCAAGAACAAGCUGAAAAACAUUCAGAAUGUCUCAACACAGAAAACCAAGGCUUGAAAAAAGAAUUACGUGGUUGUCAUCAAACAUUAGCCGAUCAAAGUGGAAAAUUAGCUGAAUUACAUUCCAAUGCUGAUAAUUUGAAACAAAUGUUAAUGGAAAAAGAUGGUGAGAUAUGCCGUUUAAAGAAAGACGUUGCAUAUUUACAAGAAGAUAUUCGUUACCAAACUUGCCAAUUAAAAGAACAACUUGCUAAAGCUCCAGAAAAAUGCCAAUGUUCUCACAAUUCAGCUGAAGAAAAAGCACGAAAAUAUAAACAAAAGUUUAAAGAAUUGGAAGCACAAUUACGUGAAUUAUCAUGUGCUUGUGGUAAAAAUAAAAAAGAUUUGCAACAAAUGGAAUGCUUGCAGAAAGAACGCGAUAUGUUACAACGACGUGUUGACGAAUUGUCUUCAAUUGAACAAGCAUACAACUCAUGCCGUAAUCAAUUAUGUGAUAUGCAGAAUAUAAUGGCUGAACGUGAUAUGUUGCGUAUGAAAUUAUUAAAUAUGAGUUCAGUUGAAGAAGAAGUUGAACGUUUACGGUCUAAAACAAAAGAAAUGGAAUGUUUACGCGCAGAACGAAAUCGUUUAAAACAACGUAAUGAAGAAUUAGAAGCAAUCGAAGCACAAUAUAUUGAACUGUUGUCUGUACAAAAGGAACUCGAAGGGGUAAAAUGUGACCGUGAUCGUCUUAAAUGUAAAAUAGAAGAAUUAAUGCGACAAAACUAUGAUAAACAACGACAAAUAUGUGAGAUGGAAACUGAAUUAAAACAAUUAAUUGCACAAAUUGAUCAUAUGACUGAAGAGGAAUGCAAACAGGAUGAUUGUAAUAAUAGAAAGAAAUACCAUUAUCCUCCAUCAGGGAGUCGAGGAUAUUAAAAAACGUUGAAACAAAAAACCUUCAUGUUUGAAAUAUGAUUGAAUUGUUUAGUAUUUGAAGUAAUUAAAUCAUUGAGUUUUGUAUAAUUAAUCAUUUUUGUAAAUUUUUGGCUUGGUGUAAGAAAUAAAAAAUAAAAAAAUUUG